AUGCAAAAUGAAACACAACAACCACAAGAAAUAAUAAAUGAGGAAUCGAUUGAUUUUGAAUCAAAUGAACAAGAAGAUGAAGAUUGUGAUGUGGAUUUGAAUUCAUCACCACCACAAAUUAUUCAAGAUGAUCGAACAAGUUCUCCCACAUUUGAAGAUGUAAUAUCGGAAUCAGGUGAUAGUAUUGCAUUGGAUGAUACCGAAGAAGAAAAUCGAGAUGACAAGGAAAAUAAGAAUGCCAAAACGACUUCGGAACAAACCACAGAAACAAGAGAAGGAAAUAACGUUAUUGAUAUUACAGAGGAAUCAGAAAAAUGUGUUUCUAUUGAUUCGAGUGAUGACGAGGAAGAAGAGGAAGAAAUUAACCAAAAUGACAAAACAACUGAAAAUGAGGAAGAUGAGGAAAAUGAGGAAGAAUCCGAUGAAGAUUUUAUACUCGAAUCUGAUGAAGAAGAAGACUAUCAUCCAUCAUAUACAACUAGGAGAAUGCACAAAUUAAUAGAGGAAUUAAUACCAACUGUUACUGCAGGUGGAAGUUUUUCUGUGGGAGGAGAAUUUGAUACUUAUCCUGCUGUUGGAUUGCAAUUACUUGUGCCCAAUUCAGAAAAUAAUAGUGUGGAAAGAAAGUAUGUUUCACUCCCACUUGUCACAAAACAACAAGCAGAUGAUAUAAUUCAACUUGCAGCAAAAGCACCUUAUGGCAGAGGAGAGGAAACAAUUGUGGAUGAAAAAGUUAGAAAAACCUGGCAAUUAGAGCCAAAUCAAUUUGCAAUACUCAAUCCAAACUGGGAAGAUAUGAUAGAUGAAUUGGUUGGAAAUCAAAUUAAAAAAGGAUUGGGUGUUGGAGAUAAGGAGAUUGGAUUUAACUUGUACAAAUUAUUGCUCUAUGAAGAAGAUGGACACUUUCAAUUUCAUAGAGAUUCAGAAAAGGAGGAAAAUAUGUUUGCCACACUAGUUGUGCAUCUCCCAUCAAUUUAUACUGGAGGUGAACUAACUGUCAAACACAACUCUAAGGAAGUGGUGUAUGACUAUUCCUCUAAAUCUAGUUAUGCAACAUCAUUUGUUUCAUUCUAUUGUGAUUGUGAACACAAAGUUAACAGAGUAACAAGCGGAUACAGAUUAGCACUGGUUUAUAACAUAUUUUUCGAGGGACCAUCACAUUUAACACCAAGUGCAGAUUCAAAUCAAAAUGUUAUUGACUAUAUGAAUGAUACCCUAACUAGUUGGGAAGGAAAAUAUAUCAUUCAUAUUUUGGAGCAUAAAUACACCAAAGAUGGAAUAAGUGUGGGUAAUUUAAAAGGUGCUGAUGCUAGAGUUUACAAAUGGCUUGAAAAUUUUAAUAGAAACCGGGAUGAAUUUUAUCUUUGUAUUGGUCAACUAAUGAAAGAAGUGUCUGGAGAUUUAAAUAGCUAUUCAGGCUAUCAUCAUGGUUAUUCUUACAGAGGUUAUCAUAGAUAUGAUGACAGUGAUGAGGAAAAUGAUGAGGAUGUAGAUUCUGAUGACAUGGAAGAAAAGGAAAUUGAUUAUUUUGUGAAAAAUCUCAAAGAUAGAAAUGGUGAUUUCUCUUCACGCUUAAAUCGUGUUGAUAUAUCUUCAAUUAUUCCCUUAACUUCUUUACUAGAAAUACCCCAUCAAAGAUCAACUGUUGAGCAUACAGGAAAUGCUGGUGUCAGUGCUAGCAAAUUUUACACUUCUGCGUGUUUGGUAAUUAUACCAAAACGAACAUUCGGCUCAUUAUUGGAUAACUUGGAUGAAACCUGCAAAAUAAGAUAUUUCAAUAUGAUAGUUGACAAACAGGUGCAAUCUCCUAGCAUUUUGAACAUCAAAAGAAUUACUGACCUAAUAAGCACCUAUUCACUAUCAGAAAAGAUGCUAAUGAACACUAUUGAAAAAGUCAAAGAUGUCAAAUUGGCUGUAUUGAUUGCUACUAAAAACAUUUCUUACACAUCUUGGCAAUUCUUAAUAACAAACUUUGGUUUACAACACCUUAAAAAAGAAUUUUUCAAAUAUACCAUACUGAACCUUAACAACAAAUCAAUUGCUGAAAAUGCUUUCCAAACUAUUCAAUCUCAAAAUGAUCCUUGCUUAAUAUCGGAGCUAUGCUUUCAAGUAUUUGGUUAUUUACGGACCAAACAAGGUGUAAAUCAUGCAGACUUUAUUCAAAAGAUACUGAGUUGCAUGAGUGAGUUUGCAAUUCCAUUUACUCCCAACACUACAGCAUAUAUGGCUGAACGUUGUAAAGUAGCAGAUCCCAAUGAGGUGACAAUUAUUUUGAAAUACUUAGAACCAUUCCCAGGAUUGAUGGUUGCCUUAUUAAUAUUGUUUAGUAACAAGGAGAUAUUCAUCAAAAAUUAUCCUUCUGUAAUUGGCUACCUCAAUACAUUUUAUAAUGAAAGUAUUCAAACUUGCAUGGAACCAAUAUUAAGAGACAUUGUUUCAUCUAACUAUAGUCAAGCUCUAACUUUAUUGAACUAUUGCACAAGUUUGACUACUAACCCUGGCGCAAAUUUCAUUUCUUCAUAUAUUAGAGGUAAUAUUGUUCAGCAAUUUAUUACCAAUACAUGUAACAUUGAUCUGGAAAAUUGCAAAGAAAUUAUUUCUACAAUUUGUAAAAAUGGAAUACCAGAUGACCUAUCAAAUGUUACCGCAACAAUUAUAUCAAAAAUUACAGACCUAAGUGGAGUUUGCAAAAUUCUUCUUCCACUCAUCAAAUUUAUUGAAAAUUCUUAUGGCAAAUCUGUUUUCAACACUUAUCCAGCAUUUUCAGUUUUAAUUCAUUGUAGUAUUGGAUUUUUAGGCCCAACACUCAGAAAACAACAGGAAGCAAAUGCAACCAAUUGGCGCCUUCCAACAUUUAAUUGUACUAUUAAUUGUCCCCAUUGUCUAAGAGUUAAUUUAUUCCUUCAAAAUAGUACUGAGCAAGUUUGUGAAGUGAAGGAGGCUUUAGGAACAAGAAAUCAUGUUGAAUCCAAUUUACAUCCUCUUUCAAAAUAUCUAUCUCUAAGCACAGUAAGAGUUGGUUCCCCUCAUACUUUAGUUAUUAAGAAAACGAGCAAUCCACAAUUAAGACUAGCACAACAAGCAAAUAAUACAAAAUCAUGGGUACAAUAUCUAAAUAGUUUGCUUGUAAAUAAUGCUCCUCCAAUUUCACAACCUUCCUCUACUGAUCUAGAACCAAUUUCCCAAAGCAUUCCCCAAACAACAUCCAAUAUUGCUUCUAGUAGUAGCUCUGUACCAAGCUCUAUGUUCACUCAAACUAUUAAUCCAAGUAAUACACUCAAGAGAUCAAAUUACUAUCCCUCUCUUGCAAGCAAAAAGAAAAAGUAA